AUGAGUCAAUUAUUAUUUAUUGCAUACAUUAGUGGUUUAAUUAUGCUUAUCCAAUCAGUUCCAUAUCAAAGAUCAUCAUCAUCGUCAUUUAGAAGAAUAGAUUCACUGGAAAACUUCAAGAAAUUAUCAAUUACACAAGAUAAUACAAUUGAAACAAUUAUGAAAAAUAUUCGACCAAUAAUGAAAUGGAAUCGACAAUCAGGUAAAUUAAAUAAUUUAUUCAUUGUUAAAAAGUCAAUAAAUUAUGCUUUAAAUAAUUAUACUAUUAAACCAACAUUUUAUCAAUAUGUUAAAUCAUGCUGUAAUCGAGAAGUAAUGCGACCAAUGGGUGGUGGACACAUGACUGGACCAUGUUGUAAACAAUUAAUUAAAUUUAAUCAUUUUAUUUGGUUAUCAUUUCCAUGGUUUAAAAAAACAUUAACAAAAUUAAGUACUGAUUAG